AUGAGUGAUGCUUCUACUACGUCAAAUUUCGAUAAUUAUAUUAUCGAAUUACAUGAUAAUCUUGAUCGAUUACGUGAAAUACCUGAUGUUGAUGAACAAUGUUCUGUACUUGUUGGUGAUCUUGCUCAAGCUUAUUCUGAACAUCCAUCACCAAUGCAAACAGCAAUGUGUUUAUCGGCAUUAUUUUCUGGACAAAAAAAUAUUUUUACAUUUCUUCGACGUGCAAGUUCAAAAAUUGAAUUAAAAAAAACUAAAGGUGAAAUUCUACAAUUUUUAAAAUUUUUUGUUGAAACUGCAUCAAAUAAAAUUUUACCAUAUGCUGUUGAACUUAAAACAGUUCUAUUAAUUAUAUUUAAUGUUGAUAGUGCAUCAGAUGUACGAGCAGCUAUUUUUCCAGUUCUAUCACAAUUAAUGGAAUUAAGUGCUGGUUUUCCUGAUAUGGAAAAUGAAAUUGAUAAAAUGGCUACAACAUUUCUUGAUCAAAUUGGAUUACAAAGUUCAAAAACAACAGCAACAAUCAAAGGACUUUCUUUGGCAUUUUUGGGUUUAUUAUGUAAAUAUUUUCCAGAACAUAUGCGAAAGUAUGCCGAUCCACUUUUACUUGGACAAUUUUUAAAAUAUUUACAUGAACAUUUAGUACGAGAUGUUGUUAAAUUUGAAAUGUUAAUUGCUGCUGGUGCUAUGGAAGGUCUUAUUUAUUAUCUUGCUAAUUUUGUUCCAUCAUCAGUUCCAGUUCAACAACUAACAUUAAAUCGAAACAAAACUAAAGAUGAUGAAAAACGUAUAAGAGAAGAACAAAUACGAUGUGAAUCAGAUUUAAAACGUGUUUAUACAUAUGCAUCACGUGCUAUACAAACACAAGAUCAGACAAAUUUAAAUCGAUAUGCAUUAGUUAAAGGUAGAAAAAGCAAUUUUAUGCAUAAAGAACAAAAAAAAAAAAGAAACUUUUAUAUUUUAGCUGGUCUUGAAUUAUUUGCUCAACAUUCAACUUUAUUUACUGAAUAUCUUUAUGAUGAUUAUCCUGAUAUACUUCGUUGUCUUCGUGCAUGGAAUGCACAUGAUAAUUAUGAUGUAAAAAAAAUUGCUCAACGUGCUUAUGAUACAUUUUUACUUGGAGUUGCUAAUGCUUUAAAAGAAUCGAAUGUUAAAACAUCAGAACAACGCCGUCGUGCUGUACAAACAUUUCAAUAUUUUAUUAAAGAAUUUCGAGAUAAAAUCGAUUCACCAGAAUUAGAAAUUCGAGAUUUAGCUAUGGGUAUUCGUGGUUACGGUAUUUUUGCAAAUGCUUGUAAACUUUAUGGUACUGAAGAUGAUGUUAAAUUUAUGUUUGUUGGUUUAAUUCAACGAUGUGAACAAAUAGCUAUGCCAACAAUAACAUUAUCCCAAGCAACUGAUGUUUUUGAUGAACGUUUUUAUGCAUUACCAAAUUUACUUGAUGCACUUUCUGCUAUUAUUAUUGAGAUGACAAAUAUUGGUGAAGAAUUUCUUGGUCCACUUGAACGUUUAACUGUCAUGACAAUUGAUUAUUAUCCGCGUUAUCAACCAAAACCACAAGCAACAACAUGUUCAUCUGUUAUUAAAAUGAUUUUAGCUUUACAAACUAAACCAACAUCAUAUAAACCAUUUUUAACACGAAUUGUUAGUCAAGCUAUAAUACGUUGUUGUUCACAUCCAUUAAAAUCAACAGUUGAACAACAAAUAGAAAAUGUUGAACCAGAUAUAUCUGAAGAACAAGCAAAAUCUCUUAUAUCUAUUGGAAAAACAAUAACCUAUGAAAAUUAUAUACCAUUAUGGAAAACAAUUUUAAAUGUAACAUCAUUAAAAGAAUUUGAUACAAGUACAUAUCCAAUAUUUGAUCGACAAAAUAUGCUUGUUUCAUUAUAUGAUGAAAUGAUUGAUUCAAUAUUACAUAUUAUUGAUCGACUUGAUUUAAGUGUUGAUAAAGAAAAAACAGAAGAUGAAAAUGAUGAUGGCACGACAACAACAGAUCCAGUUUUUGGAAUGAAACCUGUUAAACCAAAAGAUUUUGAAAUAUUUUAUAAUCUUGUCGAUUUUUGUCAAGAUUUAUUACCUGAACAAUCACCAGAUUUAUUUCAAAAAUGGAUAUUUCGAUUUUUAUAUGAAAUUAUUACUGCUUCAACAAAAUAUCCAUNCUAUCAUAGAGAUUUAUUACCUGAACAAUCACCAGAUUUAUUUCAAAAAUGGAUAUUUCGAUUUUUAUAUGAAAUUAUUACUGCUUCAACAAAAUAUCCAUUAGUUAGCGGAAUGUAUCGAUUUGUUACAUUAGUUAUGAAUAUAUGUUUAAAAUUAAAUUUUUUCAAAUCUGAUCGAUUAAUUCCAACAACUCGUGGUGGUAUUGAAAUAAUGGAUAUAGAUAUAAAUGAAAAUGAACAAGUUGCAUCAGUUUGUACAUUAGUUCGACGUUUUGCACAUGAAGUAUUAUCACGUCAAAAACAAUAUCGUGAUGAUUUACUUAUAUCAUGUUUACAAUUUAUUAUAUCAUUACCAUCAGAAUGUAUUGAUUAUGAUUUUUCUGAUUAUCUUGCUUUAAAUAUUGGUUUAACUUAUUUACCAUUAGCUGAACAAACAAUUAAUAGUCUUGAACGAUGGUCACAAUCAACAGCAUUAAAUUUAUCGAAUUAUUAUGAUCAAAUAUUACCUUUUCUAGAUGAUUUUCUACGUUUAUCACAUGAUCAAGGUGAAGAUGUUAAUGUUCGUGCUAUAAUAUCAUCUUUACAAGAAAAAACACGUCUGAAUUCGAAAAGUAAACAUGUCUUGCCAACAAGAAUGCUUAAAAAAACAAAACAUAUUAAACAUCUUUUCGAAGAUAGUGACAUGCGUCGAGUUCAAUUUCGUAUAUUAAAAUAUCUUGGUUCAAUAGGCAAUCGUACAAAUCAUUAUCUUAUUGAUAAUGCUUCAAAUUAUUUAAUAAAAGAAGCUGUAGCAUGGGAUAAUGAAAAUCAUUUAACAUUUAAUGUUCCAUUUGACGAUAUUAAACCAACAAUACAUCUUGGUAAAAUACAAAAUUUAUUUUCAUUCAAUCAAUCUUUAUUUUCUAUAUUUCAUUUAGAUAUUUUUCUACCUCGUAUAGUCGAUUUAGCAUUACAUAGUUCUGAUCGUCAAACAAAAAUAACAGCUUGUGAAUUACUUCAAUCAAUAAUGCUUUAUAUGAUUGGAAAAAGUGNGUGA